GCGAAACGUGCCGGUGGAACAUUGAGUACUCUCGCGCCGGGAGGGCGGCGUCAGAGCAGCAGCACGCGCAUCGCCGUUAAAGCGCUCGCGCUACAUGUUGCACUCGUCGCCGGUAAGACUCAGCCAAAGUUACAUGCGGAUACACACGGAGAGACACAUGAAAGGACCCGGGUACAAAAGAGAAAUACUAGGAACAAGGGCAUGUGUAGCUGCUGAGAUGGCUGCACUUGAGGAGGAGCCGUCAGCUAGCCAGUCUCCUACUGCUCUAUUUAACUCACAGGGUAUAGACAUCACUCCAGGCAAGGACCGGGGAGUGUGUAAGAUUGUGAAACGACAUGGUACAGAAGGGGAGAGGCCUAUGAUCGGGGACAGGGUGUACGUCCAUUACACUGGUAAACUGCUUAAUGGAAAAAAGUUUGACUCCAGCUACGACCGAAAAGAGCCGUUUGUCUUCAAUGUGGGCAAAGGGCAGGUGAUCAGGGCGUGGGAUAUUGGAGUGUGCUCUAUGCAGAAAGGAGAGGUGUGUCUGCUGCUUUGUAAGCCUGACUAUGCUUACGGCUCUGCUGGAAGCCCCCCAAAGGUCCCUCCCAACUCUACUCUACUGUUUGAGGUAGAGCUGCUGAGCUUUAGAGGGGAAGAGCUCACAGAGGAUGGGGGUAUCUUGAGGAGAAUAAAGGUCAAAGGUGAAGGCUACAACAAUCCCAAUGAAGGGGCCACUGUUCAUGUUCAUUUGGAAGGACGGUGCGGUGAUCGCUUGUUUCAGUCGAGGGACAUAACCUUUGUUGUGGGUGAAUCUGAAGACAAGGGAAUUCCACUAGGGGUGGAUCGUGCCAUGGAGAAGAUGCAGAAAGGGGAAUGCUGUCUCUUAUAUCUAAAACCCAGAUAUGGCUUUGGAAAAGAAGGCAAGGCAGAAUAUGGCAUUGGACCAAAUGCAGAACUGCUGUAUGAAGUGACACUCAAAGAUUUUGAUAAGGCCAAAGAAUUCUGGGAAAUGGACUUGACUGAAAAACUGGAGAAAGGGGUUCAAGUCAAACAGAAAGGAACCCAGUAUUUCAAGGCUGGACGGUACUACCAUGCAGUCAUCCAGUACCAGCGGAUCGUAACCUGGCUGGAGAUGGAGUGUGGUUUGGGAAAGGAGCAACAACAGGCCAUCCACGCCCUCCUGCUGGUGGCCUAUCUUAACCUGGCUCUGUGCUAUCUGCGCUUACAGGAAUACGCACAAACUGUAGAGAACUGCAACAAGGUGAUGGAGCUGGACUCCAAGAACGAGAAGGCUCUGUACAGACGGGGGGAGGCUCGGCUACUGCGGAAUGAGUUCAGCCUGGCCCUGGUGGACUUUCGGCAGGUUCUGCAGGUCAACCCUUCCAACCGUGCUGCCCGGAGUCAAAUUGUCAUCUGCCAGCGCAAAAUACGCGAACACCACGAGCAGGAUAAGAAAAUUUAUGCUAACAUGUUCCAGAGGUUCGCCGAACACGAUGCCAAGGCUGGCCGAUUGAAAAGGAAGAAAGACAGUGGAGUAGUAGAUCAGAACAAUAAGGCUGUGAAGAAGCCCCGGCGGAGUCAGGAUGGCCCCUAAAGGCUCACGGCCCACAGCCCACCAGGCAGUGCCUGUAAUCGGGUGAAGCUAGUGCACCCUGUGUGAAGGGCGGUGUGGAGAAGCACAUACCCCUCACACCUUCACUGCUAACCUCAUAACGUGAGUGCUCGGGACCUAAAGGAGACGAUUGGAAAACGAUUCUGAAUAAGAGCGAUGGACACUGAAGAGGCUAUAAGCCUAAACGGCAUUCCUACAUAAAAACCAAAUGCACACAAUCCACAUGACCACUGGCAUCCAACUCCCAACCUACAUCACAUCACACAUCACCUCAAUCCCAUAAGGCAUUCAUCUGAUGUACAGUAUUACUUACCAAACAUACUUCAAUGAUGUCACAGAAAUAGAAUUAAAUCUAGUACUGUAUUGUAUGUAUACAAUAAUAAUGUGGUAGGACAUACGCUCUAGUGACGCAGAAGGGUUUCAAUAUUAGUGUUGCAACAGACGUGGUGGGGAGAGUUUCUUUUGUAUGUUUGCAGUGGCAUGGUGUGUGUAGGGGGCUUAGGGAGUUUUAACGUGUUAUGAUGCUUAGACGAGUGACCACAGUGAGUAGCUGGACUCUGAAAUACUGUACUGCCCCUUUUGUCUGAAAAACUGUUGAACACAAAGUGCAAACUUCCCUAUGGGAACACAGACUGGCAACUAUGGCCGACAGCUGACAUGCUGCAGCUUUGGCUUGAGCACUCCUCGAUGGGUGGAGAAAGUGUCAGAAGGGCUGGGCUGUACUCAAAAUCUUCAUCUUGGGAAUCUCCUGCGUGAGGUGCAGCUUGAAGCAGACCCAGGUCCAUGAAAAACGAUACGCACAUUUACAAACACAAGCCUACACUCAUUUAUUUAAAAAGAGACUCUUGCAUGCUUCUGUAGGGGAUACUGGGUGUGUCCUAGACUUGGGAACAUAUUUUAAAGGAACAACAAUCUAACUUUAAACCUGUUAAACAGGAUAUGUUCUUGACUCCAAUCCAGUGUCUGUUACUUAUUUUAUAUAUAUAUGUAUAUUUUUUGUUAUCUGAACUGUUUGAAGCAUUUGUGCUGGAGGUCAUUUGACCACGUAUUUGAAAAUGUACUAGUUUGAGAGCUAGUUUAUAAUAGAUCCUAACAUCCCAGAUCGUUUCCUGAAAUCUUUGCACCAAAGAACACUUUGAACACUGCAGUUUACUAUAUAACAAAUGAUUGUUACAGUGUGAAGAUUUUAGGAAACAAACUUGAGUUGCUUUCCAAAAACUUGCAUUGUGCUUUAUACCCAAGUCUCUUCCCAUUUCAGACAGUUGAGAUUAUCAAAAUGACGGACAUUAUUUUGCAUUGGUUUGUUAUCAAAUCUCUGUGUGUUUACAAAUAUAAUGCAUUAAAAGGCAGGCCUAUAUAUUAUAAAACUACAUAAAAAUAAGACAAUUGAAUAGCCUCUUCGUUUGUCUUGUGAUAAGUGCAUACAUGUACAUUUCCAAGCAUGUUUACAUGGAUUGCACAUCUCAUAUCUUAACCAUUUACGCACAACAAGGGCAUUCACCAUCAGAUUCUCGUGGUAAAUUCCUCAAGAUGCUGAUAUGUUUGUUAAUGUAAAGGGAAAUAUGAUAUUUGGUCAGCAGGGGGCAGCACAUCCAUAUUCCACAGGAAUAAAUAAGGAAUAAACCUGAAGAAAAGUUACCAAGA